CACUGACGCACUGAUAGGCGACACUGACUGGCACUGAUUGGCAGCACUGAUAGGUGGCACUGAUGGGUGACAUUGAAAGGCAGCUCAGAUGGGCACUGAUAUGUGGCAUUGAUGUGCAUUGGUAUGCACUGAUAUGUGGCAUUGAUGUAGCACUGAUGGGCACUGGCACUUCUGGGGUCACACUGAUCAUCAGGGCACACUGAUCAUCACCGAUUACCGGCUCUCCUCUCGAGCUGUCAGCGUGACAGCUCAAGAGGAGAGUAAUGCCGAUAACCGGCAUUUCCGUUUACAUGUGAUCAGCUGUGAUUGGACACAG